GGGGGGGGGUACCCGCUUUUUUUUGGGCAUUCUGCUUCCUCUCGGAUUGUUUGUUGGCAUGGUUGUGUGUGGUACCAUGCUGAUGAAGGAGCAUGUAAGGGGAAGUGUUGGGCUCGUUUCUCCACAGAUCAUCAUGUCUGCUUCCACAGAAGUGAGUGACGAGACCAACCGUCCCAAGCGGGGGCGCGACGACACGGUGGACGAUGAUGGCCGUGCGCCGAAGAAGGCCAAGACGACCGGGGCGGGACAGGGGCAGAUCGUUCGGGUCGUGGGCGACUGGCUUCCGGACGGCGAGCUGGAGCUCACGCUCGAUGAGGAGGAUGGCGAGCGGGCAUUUGCUGUGAUCAGGGAGCUGCUGUCCCGCCACUACCUGGCCGGACGGACUGUUGAGGGCCCAGUCGCGCUGAACGACCACCUCGUCUCGCCGUUUAUUGCGUUUGUGACGGACCUGCCGGCGUGCCUCGAGCCGCUCGCUGCAGCUGCCCAGGCGUGGGUUGCGGCUGCCAGCGGCGAGGCGAUCCUGCGGCGGCUUGUGCGCGGGCGGGAGGCAGAACCGGCCCCGAUGACCAUGGAGUGGCUCCUUCGCGGCAUCUUCCUCCCCCGCAAGGGCUCCGCGACCAUGGACGGGAUGGCUGCCGAGCUCCGGGCGUGGCCGGCCGAGCAGCGGGACGAGCUCUUUGCCCGCCUCCUGGACCGGGACCCCGUCUGUGCGCGGCUGACGCACGCCUUUGUGGACCCCACCGUCAACUUUCCUGUCGUCGCCGCCGAGACGCUCAACUCGCGCGUGGUGUCGUGCGGGUCGGGCAAGGCCACGGUCUACGUGUGCGUCGGCGAUCUGGUGACCGGGGUCGGCGAGGCGGUGACGGACAUUCACACGGCCGAGACUCUGGAGAACACCAUCCGCGAAAAGUACGACGACCUCGCCCCGCUGCUGUGGCAGAAGAAGAAGAGGUCGAAGGACCUGCCGUCUUCCCCGUCGGACGUCUUCCGCCUCGUCCCGCCGCUCAACGACGUCGCCGCAGAGCGCCUCCCCAUUGCUGCUCCCCUCUUUGCCGCCGCCGUCGCAGCCAAGGUUGCCAACCUGGCCGACGCCUUUGCGGGCGCGCCGACCGUGCUCGUGGCUGGGCCGGACGAGGCCGACGCCCUCUGCGCCUCCCUCGUCGUCUACUUUUCCGCCGUCUUUGGCCCGUGCUUUGUCGGAGCUGGCGUGGAUGCACCGGGAGCGUCGUCGCUCGUCCACGCACGGAUCAAGGCGCUCACCGGAGCGCCGUCGCACGUGUGGCGCAUCGUCGUCCUCGCCCCCGCCGCGAUGUUCACGGUGGCGUCGAUGAUCCCGCCCCACCUCCACACGUCGGCCGACCUCCUCGUCCUCACCGCCGCCGACGAGUGGGAGACCAACCACGCCGACGAGGCCCGCAUCUCCGGGCUCGACAGCGGGGCCCGGGCUAUCCUCGACGUCCUGGCCGGCGGGAGCGAGUGGGUCGGCCCCGGCCGUGUCCCCUCGGCCAAGCUCAAGCUGGGCAUCACGGGCAAGGGUGCGCGUUCGCGGACCGUCGACGUCUUCUGCCACUACACCGGAGCCACACCCGCGUCGCCCGCCGCCCUCGCCCUCGACCUCCCGGACCUCCACGACGCGCGCGCCACCUUUUGCCAUGUCACCGGCAUCUCGGACGGCAUCUUCGGCGCCUCCUCGUAG